AUGAAGAGAUCAACAAUGCCGAACGCGAGGCGCAUGCGCAUCCCGGCGUUCGGGGAGUGGAACCACCACGGCGCCGACGGCGCCGACGGCAACGGCACAUGGCCGGCGGUCAUGACCCCGUUCUUCGACCUCGCCACGCCGCAGAAAGCAGCGCCCAACAAGACGGGGAGACGACGGCGGGGCGGCGACGGCUUCGGCGCGGCCAAGAUGGCUACGGCGGCGGAGCUGGCGCCACAGGGGCACGUGCAGACGAGGCGGAGCAAGGCGGCGAGGAGGUCCUGCUUCACGGUGGCCAAACCCGUCGACGACGACCUGUACGGGGUUCCACCGGACAUGAUGCUCUACGGAAAGCCAGCACCGAGGAGAGAUGGCUGGCUGAGGAUCCUGCGGCUGCUGGGCUGCUCCUGCUUGAGCCCGUCGAAAUGA